AUGGGGAAAGUGGAAGGUGGGAUGAAAUGUGUGAAGUAUCUUCUGUUCGUGUUCAACUUCUUAUUUUGGUUGAUGGGAUCCUUUGUUCUGGCAGUGGGACUGUGGUUACGUUUUGACCCGGAAACUGUGUCCUUACUCAAUGGCGAUAAAGCACCGGACACAUACUUCAUUGGUGUUUAUAUCCUGAUUGGAGCUGGGAGUCUGGUGAUGUUGGUGGGUUUCUUUGGCUGCUGUGGAGCUGUUCGAGAAUCUCAGUGUCUGCUUGGUUCAUUCUUCACCUGUCUGUUGAUAAUCUUUGGAGCUGAGGUGGCAGCAGGUGUGUUUGGAUUCUUAAACAAAGACAAGAUAAUCGAAGAUGUUCAAAACUUUUAUGCAACAACAUACAAUGAAAAUAACAACAGCACAUUGAUUAUCUCGUACCAGAAAGUACUGAACUGUUGUGGGACGCUGGCAAACAACUGCCCUGAUCAAGAAUUAGAUACAAAGGACUGUGAAACAGGUAUCAAAGAUUUUUUCAACAGUAAACUUUACAUCAUUGGGUACGUUGGAAUCGGCAUUGCUGGGAUUAUGAUCAUCGGGAUGAUCUUCAGUAUGGUGCUAUGCUGUGCUGUACGCAACAGUAGAGAGGUAAUCUGA